ACCCGUUCGUUCAGACACGUCGGAAUAGGGUCGAGACCGGUAUUUCAUAAUGGCUGAUUGGAGGAUGAGUGAAUGUUUAUCCUGGGCGAUCAGGUCAUAAACAACUUUAUAUUUCAACAUGGAGGCGAGUGGCGGGAAUGAAAUCGAGAGAAGUCUCUUAAUCGUCAUUCUUGAUGUGAACCCUGUGCAGCAAAUAGUCAAACAAGAUGCAAGGAUCUUGACGCACUGUCUCGAUUCUGUGAUUGUAUUUGCAAAUGCACAUCUUAUGCAAACUUCCAGUAAUGACAUUGCUCUUAUGGCAUGUCAUGCGAGUGGCGCCAAAUUUUUAUAUCCGUAUGAAAAGUCGGAUGAAGUAAGGCAGAUCGAUGGACAAUACGAAAAGUUUACGCUUGUCGAGCGUAACGUUAGACAAAAAUUGCAAGAGGUCGUCAUCGGUGACAUUCUCAAUGACAGGCAAAUCAAUAGCGAAAGUUUAAUUUCUGGUGCUCUCACAAUGGCUCUUUGCUACACCGCUCGGUUGGAGCGUGAAAAACUGCCAGGCGAAAAACUUCAUUGCCGUAUAUUGAUUGUCACAGGAAGCAAUGAUUCGGCUACUCAGUACAUGAAUUACAUGAAUAUUUUUUUCACCGCACAAAAAAUGGGUGUGAUACUGGAUGUUUGCAGCUUGGAUCAGGAAUUAACUCUUCUACAACAAGCUUGCGAUAUAACGGGUGGCAAUUAUCUCAAAGUUCCUUCACCUGCUGGCCUGUUGCAAUAUCUACUGUGGGUUUUCCUGCCUGAUCCUGAAGUUCGUUCAAAGCUUGUUCUACCACCCCCAGUAAAAGUCGACUACAGAGCAGCGUGUUUUUGUCACCACGAGCUCAUCGAUAUCGGAUACGUUUGUUCUGUUUGCUUAUCAAUUUUCUGCAAGUUCAGUCCGAUUUGUACAACCUGCCACACAUUAUUUAAAAUGCCUGGACCAAUACCCAUGAAGACGAAAAAGAAGAAAAAAUAUGCAGAUAUAGUUCAUUGAAUAGGACUGCGGAUAAACUAUGCUCGUGCCUACCUGAGUGUGACAGGCAAAUGAAUUUUUUUUCUUACACAAUCAAUAAAUUUAUUACAUUUUUUCUCAA